UUGUUUUUGUUCUCAACCCUAAAAAAUAAUGACAACUCUAAAUUUUACAAGACUUCAUUUCUAUUUUAAUUCUUUGAACUUGAAUACUUGUGACAUUCAGACCUGAGAGGAAAGAGAAAGUUAAAAAAUACCACAUUUUUAAGAGUAAUGUUACAACUGUGAAACCUGUGAUAACAUGCCAUUAAGGAUAUAUUUCUUGAUUUUUAUUUUGUUUUAUCACAGAUCACUUUUCUGGUGAUGUAGAAAGUCUUUGACUCAGAAAAAUGUAAACUCUGAUAAAUUUUCUCUUUUUUGUAAAUAUGUAUGGUUAGUGCGUUUCAGUUUAUUUUAAUAAAAAUUGGUUAAAUAAUCGUUUUUUAAAAAACAAUGUGUUCUCAGUUCUGAUUUUACUCCAUCUUCCUUAUUUUAUUUCUUUUUUUUUUUUCUAAAUAAUUUUGUCUUUACCUAAUGUUUGUGCAGAGAUGCAAUUUGUCCACAAGAGGGCAGGAUUACCUCAUUUAUUAAUUCAGGCUGGAGCCGCAGAUUUCUCUGUUUUCUUCAUAGCAAAACCUGCUCAUUGUAGACAACUUCUUUGAGUAAAGUGACUAAUUAACAUUAAUUUUAGUUGGUAUAACAUCAUAUCUGUCUUCUCAAUAUUAUUUUAGACAUAUUUGUAUUUUCUACGCGCUUUUCUUUAAAUAAAACCCAUUUCCUGUUUGUUUGAGCAGUGUCUGACUGUACUUGAUUUUUUCAUUCGCCGCAACUGUUCAGACAUCUUCAGUUUGGGAACAUCAGAAGAUGGGAGCCUCUCUCUCUGCGGCAUACGGCAUAUCGUAGCUAAAUCCACUCGGAUCUGUGGUCUGGGUGCAGUGCGUAAUGAGCUGUGCGCCUCCAGGAGCCGCGCGUCGACGCUGCUGUGCGCAAACCAAACCAACUGAACCAAAAUAGUAGAGAAACAUGAAUCUGUCCUCCACGAACUCCUCUGCGUGGAAAGCGGAGUCCGUGCUGAUUUCGGUGGGAUUUUCUCUCAUCUUUCUGCUUGGCAUCGCGGGGAACUCUCUGGUCCUUGCAGUUCUUUGUCGCAACGGACAGAUGAGCACCAAGACCACCAACAUGUUCAUCUUCAGUCUGGGGGUGGCCGACCUCUGCUUCAUUGUUUUCUGCGUGCCGUUCCAAGCGACCAUCUACACCCUGGAUCAGUGGGUCUUUGGUCCGGUGCUUUGCAGAGUCGUGCACUUCAUCAUCUUCCUCACCAUGUACGCCAGCAUCUUCACACUGACCGCCGUUUCCCUGGACAGGUAUUUAGCCAUAUGUUACCCACUUCGCUCCCGGCAGAUGAGGACUCCAAAGAACGCCCUGAUCUCCAUCUGCCUGGUUUGGUCUUUGGCUUUGGUUUUCUCCACACCAUACCUUAGCUACUUCUCUCAGAUGGACCUUGAUGGCACCUUGCUGUGUAUUCCUGCCUGGGAGCCCAGACCUCGCUUCAUAAUGGACUUGUGGACCUUCAUCUUUGGAUACCUCAUCCCCGUCCUGGUGCUCAGCCUCACAUACGCUCGCACCAUUCGCUACCUGUGGACCAGCGUAGAUCCUGUCAAAGACAAGUCAGAGUCAAGGCGUUCCAAGCGGAAAGUCACCAAAAUGAUCCUGAUUGUGGCUGCUCUAUUCUGUCUCUGCUGGCUCCCUCAUCACCUCGUCAUCCUCUGCAUGUGGUUCGGACAAUUCCCCCUCAACCACACAACAUACGCCCUACGCAUCCUCUCCCAUUUGGUGGCCUACGCCAACUCUUGCCUCAAUCCCAUCGUCUACGCACUCGUCUCCAAGCAUUUCCGCAAAGGUUUCCAGAAGGUCUUCAGCUGCUCGAGGACGAGGAGGGAGGAGAACAGGGUGCACGUCAUCCAGGCAGUGAACACAGUCAGCAAUAUUGAGACGAGACCCUCAGAGGAAGAAGCUGCUUCCACUGCAACCUGACAGAAGAGAAACUCUGAGAAACGUCUCUUAAAAAUGAUAAAUUCUGUAAAUAUUAUUGAUUUUGCUGCUAUUAAUAAUUGGUAAAAAAA